AACUCACUCAAAUCCAUUACAUUCUGGUGCUCCCAAGAGUCUAAGCAAAUACUCCUCAUAUCCUCACAACCUAAAAUGGCCUCCAAAGCACUCAAGGCCACCCUCUACAUUUUGUUCCUAGCCAUCAUCACACUUGGAUAUGCCAACUCAGCAAGGAUCCUUGAUGAGGUAACCAAUCCCCUUCCGACAACUGUACUAGCCUCAAACCCGAUAAAUCCUACCACCCCGUUGCCAAGUGGCCAAAUCCCUGUCACCACAACUGUUGAUGACAAUGUGGACGAUGCCCCAGUUGAUGAUGUCACACCACCCGUUGAUGUGGCAACACCAAUAGUCCCUCCUGUCACCCCUGCGGUGCCAGAAGCCGAGUCACCCCAACCCGAAGAACCCGUCACCACUACCGUGCCAGCACCUGUAGCGGGUCCCACCAUCCCCUCCGCAACCGCACCAAUCCCCGUAGCGGGCCCCAUUACUCCGACCGCACCUCUCCCGGUGGCAACACCCGUGGCCGGCUCCGCCACCACCGCGGCGAAACCGCAUUUGGCCUUCUUCAUGCACGACAUUCUCGGCGGGUCCCACCCGUCGGUUCGGGUGGUGACGGGGCUCAUCGCCAACACCGUGGCCAACGUCCCCUUUUCGAAACCCAACAACAACAUCUUCCCCGUCAGCGGUGGGACCCCCCUAAACAACAACAACCUUAACGGCUUUCUCAACAACAACCGCAACAGCCUCCCCUCCUUCGCCGGCCUCACCGGCACCACCGGCCUCACCAACUCCCAAACCAGCACCGUCAUCCAAAACUCCGGCAACAACAACAUCGUCAACGGCGGCAGCAACCUGCCCUUCGUCACCGCCGGCCAGCUCCCCAACGGCGCCACCCUCCAGAAGCUCAUGUUCGGCUCAGUCACCGUCAUCGACGACGAACUCACCGAGGGAGAGGAGCUCGGCUCCGCCGUGCUCGGUAAGGCUCAAGGGUUUUACUUGGCAAGCUCUUUGGACGGGAACAGCCACACAAUGGCGUUCACUGUUCUCAUGCACGGCGAGCAUGACGUGGAGGACACCAUCAGCUUGUUUGGGGUCCACCGCACUGCGUCGCCGGUGUCACACAUUGCGGUGAUCGGCGGGACCGGGAAGUAUGAGAAUGCGAAUGGUUACGCGGCCAUUGAGAGCCUUCAUCAGGAAGACCAGCACACAACGGACGGUGUAGAUACCAUCAUGCAGAUCAGUGUUUACCUCUCUGAGUAACAUGUGUUUGUGUGUUUAGUAUUGUGUGCUUGAUAAUGUCAGUGUUGGAUUUGAUGUAUCUAUUUUCCCAUGUAUCUUUAAUUGAAUGAAAAAACUUGUGUUCUGUU